CAGGUGAAUGUAAAUGAGUUGUUUGGUGGACCCGGUCCAGGAAUGCAUUCUUUAGACAAGGCGUGGGGAAACGAACGCCGACUAAAUAAAUAAAUAAAUAAAAUUCAACCUUUUUAUAUACCCCAACCCUGUAUUUAAUAUCUUUCUUUCUUUCCCCUCGUCGUCUUCUUCUUCUCCACCCCACCCCCGAUCGCUCGAUCUCCGAAACCCUAAUCAAAGAUCACCACCACCACCCACACCCCAAGGUCCAACGCGGAUCUAGGGUUUCACCUCUGCUUCAGGAUAGGGUUUCUCGCAUGCCCCUCCUCUUCUUUGCCUUCUCCUCCGAUCCCUCCCAUCCAUGGCUUCCUCGAUCCCUGCGGACGGCGGCGACGGCGACGGCGACGGUGGCGGCGGGGUGGAGAUCCGGGAGGUGUGGGCGGAGAACCUGGAGGCGGAGUUCGCGGUGAUCCGGUCCAUCGUCGACGAGUACCCCUUCAUCGCCCUGGACACGGAGUACCCCGGCGUCGCCUUCCGCGUGCUCUCCUGCCGCGACAGCUACCAGUGGCGGAACUACGACAACCUCGCCGCCAACGUCGACGUCCUCCACCUCAUCCAGGUCGGGCUCACCUUCUCCGACGCCCUCGGCCGCCUCCCCUGCCUCCCCCGCCCCUGCCUCUGGCAAUUCAACUUCCGCGAGUUCGACCCCGAGGCCCAUCCCUGCGCCCCGGACUCCAUCGCCCUCCUCCGCGCCGCCGGCAUCGACUUCGCCCGCAACCGCGCCCAGGGCGUCAGUGCCGCCCGCUUCGCCGAGCUCCUCAUGACGUCGGGCGCCGUCCUCAACGACUCCGUCACCUGGAUCACCUUCCACGGCUCCUCCGACAUCGCCUACCUCCUCAAGAUCCUAAAGCCCCUCUCGAUGCCCGAAACCAUCCGCGGCUUCUGUAUUCUAGCUAAGAUUUUCUUUCCCAAUCUCUAUGAUGUGAAACACCUCAUGAAGUUCUGCCGCGGCCCUCUCUACGGGGGGCUCAAGAAGCUCGCCGAGAGCCUGGGCGUAGAGCGCAUCGGAAUCAGCCAUCAGGCUGGGUCCGAUAGCCUGGUCACGGCACGGUGCUUUAGGAGGUUGUUAGAUUUGCACCUCAAGGAUAGGGCUGAGCAGUAUGCUGGGAUCUUGUAUGGUCUUAAUGACGAUCCGUCGGUAAGGCUCUACUAAUAAAAAUUUGCAGUUGCGUUGAAACGAGAUAUAGAAAAGUCGUUUACUUUAUCUCUUCGGGGUUCUGAUGCUGGGUCAUCUCUUCGCAUUUCUCUGCAUAUAUGUUAGUUGAUUCUAUAUUUGGCUUUAGUAGUUAACUAGAUCACAUUUUAGAUGGCUGCGGGUUUUACACAGUCUCAACGACGGUAAGAUCAAGAUAGUAUUUCGGAUAAAAUUUGCAAAUUUUCUGAUACUUGGUUAAUUCUUUUGCAUUUCCUCUGCAUAUAUGUUAGUUGCUUCUUUCUUUGGCUUUAGUAGCUAGCUUGGUUAACUAUUUAGAUGGUUGCCUGUUGUUAGUAGCAAGACUCGGAUAGGAUUGGUUCCGUUAAAUAAAUGUUGAACUCCUAGAUUUGCUUAAGUUAUUUAGGCUAUUUGUCAAUCGAAUAAUACUAGGAGAUCCAACGCAACUCAAUUAUGAACGAGUGGCAUUCAGAAUAUUGUUAGAUGAGAGCUCAAAUUCAAAUUCAAAUUCAAAUUCAAAUUCAAGAUGACGGAUCUAAUGUGACAGGAAAAGAGUUCAUCAGAUUUCAGUCGGAUGAGAGCUCAAAUUUAGAUUCAGGAGUUGUUAAAUGAAUUGAUCUUAGUAGAUAUCGCAGGGUUUGUUAAGAUUUCAAAUACCUUUAAAUUUGCCGACUUUAUAUGAUAAGAUGUGGAUAGCAUUUGUUUAAAGACAUUAAUAGAUAUGAAUCUUAUGUAGUUUGUAAUAUUUGUAUAUAGAUUAAAUCAUUAGUAUGUAAUACUGGUAGCGACUUUUAGGUAAGUAACCUGUUGCCCUUAAAUGCUUUUUCUGUCUAUUAGUCUCCUUUAACGAUCUUGGUUUUCUUUUCCUUUCUGAUCAGUUAUCUAGUUCUUCGUUUAUUGUCAGUUAUCAAUAAUCACGUUAUUUCCCAUUUGUAAUGGUUAUGGAUUAUAUAGUUAUUCUUUUGCCGACUGUUCCAUUCUGCUCUAUGUCAAAUCACUGUUAUAUCAACUAGUUUGGCUUGCCAACGCUGUCCUUCUUUAUUGUUUUUUAUAUCUUCUGAGAAGUUUUUGGCGUUUGAGAUGCUUUUCUUGAAGUCUGAUGCUGUUGUUGCUUCUGUGCUUUAAGUGUUGAUUUUGGGGUUAAUCGAAUGGUUGAGAAUCCAGCGCCGUUCAGAAUAUCUGAUCUUGCAUGCUAUUAUCUUUCAAAUCGCCUCAACUAGUUCAUCGGCAUUCUGUUCUUUUAAGAUAACUCUACAUGCUUUUAGCUAUCUUAAAAAUUCAUGUUCUUUGUGGUUUGAGGAACACAAUUUUCUUGAAAAGUUUGGAGGUUGGCCUCUAUUUUUUUUUGUUGUGGUGUAAUGAAGCAGUGAGCCAAGAAUAGUUAAUUAUUGGAUUUUUUUGGGUAAAUAAAGGACUCCAAUAGAGUUAUUAGUGCA